AGUAUGAACAAAACUUUACCAUUGGAAAUUUGCGCAAUCAUUUGGGAAUAUUUGGAUGUAUGCGAUCGCGUCAAAGUGUAAAGAGUGUGCAAAAGCUGGAUGUAUUAUAGUCGAGCUACGCCAAAGCUUUGGAGGAACAUGCUGUAUAUCCGUAGAGAUGAUUCGAUUCGACCGGAUAUAUCCCAAGACCUACAAAUACUAUCACGGAUCAAGACAUGGUCCAAGAAUGUUGAAUUCAAUCAGCUUGCUGUUGUUCUACAGUUAAACCGGAGUGCAGAGCUACGAGCUAGUGAGCUCUUCCUGAAAAGUCUAGAAAAUUCAGGUGUAUGUGAUCUUGUUCUUGGUCACGAUGGAUCAAGUCUAUACGCUACCUCCGACUUAAAUCGCCGGCUCAGUACGCGCUUGUGCUCAACCUUGAGAUCAUUAGUGCUCAGCGCGUACUACUUUGAUCGAACUACUGCCUUUCUGCUUCAAAAACUCAUGGAAGGAUCUCCAGUCUUAGAGAUUUUAAGUUUCUCGCCACUAUCUGAAAUAUACCUUAAGGCAAGAAACCCUUCAUACCGGACUUCAGCUCGACUACAAUGGCAUCCAGAUGACAUCAUUGAAGCCCAGAAAGCAAUGCGAAUUUCAACAAAACUCAGAGCACUUGAUUUGCUAGAUUUUUGGUCUUUCGAAUGCGAUCUUCACACAAAAGAAUUUCUUCUAGCUGCAGUAAACAAGCUAGAAUACCUGACCAUAACAUUUAAAACGUAAAAAAACGCGACUUUUCGACCAAGGGAUUCGAUUUCACUUGUCCAAAGCUACGGUCUUUGCAAAUUACUCACCUAAGAGACCUACAUUUCUUCAAUGAUUGCCAUUCGCUUC